AUGUUUGGCAACAGACCGAACGCCCAGAAGCCCGGCGAGGGCCUUAUCACUAAGUUCCAGGCUACUUUUUCAGACAUUGUUCGGCCUACCAAAUGCGAUCCUCCUGGACCCACGAGCUACAAUAAGCUGGACCGAGGUACUCCUGGCCUUCGCUUCACGCCCUUGCUGAAUGACCGGUCUGGUCUACGAUUUACGUCCUUCAUCGAUGAUCAGUCGAUCCCCACGCCAAGUCUAAAUUUAUCCCCUCAAAACUCCAACUACAAUCCUGGUGGAUUGAAUACAGUCUUCCAUGGUCCGGCCGGAGACUUGCACACCCCACUCGUGAAGUCAACUUUAAUGACACCCAACACGCUCCUUGAACAAUUCGCGGUCAGCCCUAUACAGAGAAAUAAUAUCGACCCAUUUCAUGAUCUUGCAGACGUGCAACACUGGACGUGGGAGCCGCAAAAUAAAGGUUCUGGCAAUCAUAACGCUGGAUACCCUCCCGGUGCAUUUGUGCAAUCCCAUUUAGCUGAUGGUGCUGCCGAUGGAACGAGCGAAGCAACCUUUCUGAGCGACGUCGAUAACCAAGGGAAACUGUACUCCCAGUACAUUCAUUCACCGGGAAAUAAAUCCUCUAGCCGCGAUGAUGAUCAGUAA